CAGUGCCCCGGUGCGGAUCCCGGUUGAGUUUGUUUUUUUCGCAAAAAAAUUCUAAUAAUUUUCUGUAUAGAUGGAUUGAGUGCUGGUGUCUAAAGUGAAUUCGAAAUCGCAGUAUAUAUUGAUUUGAAAUUAUGCCCAGAUCUAGGUGACACCAUGUCCAUUCUACGACAGUUCCUAGUGCUUGUGACUCUGAUAUUGUCCAGUCAAGCCAGCGAAGAUGGCUUAGUUGUGAAAAUUGGGGCCAUUUUCUUUGACACGGAAAUGAAGUUGGCCGAAGCCUUUGAUUCUGCUAUUCAGGAGGUGAAUGCCGUGAAUCCAGCCCUGAGACUAGAGCCCAUCAAACACUAUCUGACCAUCGAUGACAGCAUAGUGUUGCAAGAUCUCUCCUGUGACUUGAUUGGAAAUGGUGUGGCUGCUAUUUUUGGACCAAGUUCAAAGACAAACAGCGAUAUCGUGGAGGUGCUGUGCAACAUGACGGGCAUACCCCACCUGCAGUUCGAUUGGCAUCCCCAGCAGUCGGCCAGGGUGCGCUUGAACCAUCAGCUGACUGUGAAUGUGGCCCCCAUGGAACUGAUCCUGUCGAAUGCCCUGUCUGAUAUACUGGGCAGCAAGAGCUUCGACUGGAAGUCCUUUACCAUUGCCUAUGAGAAAAAUGCACAUUUUAGCCGUCUUCAGCACAUAUUAGCCUGGAAGCAAUUACAUAAAACGGGUAUCAAGAUGCAGGAGUUUGAGCGUGGAGGUGAUUACAGGGUUCUUUGGAAGCGCAUUAACAAUGCCCGUGAGAAGUUUGUUCUCCUUGAUUGUCCAUCCGAUAUUUUGGUGGAUGUGAUCAAUGCUUCGAUUGCAUUUAAUAUGACUGGAUCAUUUAAUAACCUCUUCUUAACCAACCUGGAUACGCAUGUCUCUGGCAUAGAUCGUUUUUAUUCGCGGGAGUUCACUGUGUCUGUGGCAGCUGUUAGGAUACGAACCUAUAUUCCUCCGCCAGUUCACGAUGAGAUUGAUGUUUUUGACAACGAAGUGGAUACUAGGUUUGCCUCGCUGGGAACUCAGCUUGUUUACGACUCGGUUGUUCUGUUCUACAAUGCCCUUCUUGAGAUAAGUCAGCGACCAGGAUUCUAUACACCUCAGUUUAGCUGCGGUCGUGGCUUUUGGCAGCCAGGACCUCGUCUCAUAGAACAGAUGAAAAUGGUUUCCCCCAAGCUGGUGAAACCCCCCUUCAAGACCCAGAGACUCCAGAUAAAUGCUGACGGCCAGCGAGAUGACUUUAACCUGGAGGUUUAUAAUCCUCUCAUCGAUCGUGUCACCCAUAUCUGGAACAAGGACUUUCAGCUGGUGGACUAUGAGAAAAUUAGGGAGAAUUCAACUCAGGCUGUAAAGCAAAGGCGUCUCGAGGACAAAGAGGAUUUCUCCCAGAAACCUGUGCGCUAUACAGUGGCCACUCGUGUGGGUAAACCCUACUUUAGCUGGCGUGAGGAACCCGAAGGAGUUCACUACGAGGGCAAUGAGCGUUUCGAGGGCUAUGCCGUGGAUUUAAUCUACAAAUUAGCCGAGGAAUGUAAAUUUGAUUUCAACUUUGAACCAGUUAGGGAUAAUAAAUACGGAAGUUAUGAUGCGGCCACCGAUGAAUGGGAUGGUAUUAUUCGCCAGUUGAUAGAUAAUAAUGCACAAAUCGGCAUCUGUGACUUGACCAUAACCCAGGCCCGUCGAUCGGUAGUGGACUUCACUGUUCCCUUUAUGCAGCUGGGAAUAAGCAUUCUUUCGUAUAAGGAGCCACCGCCAAAGGCAGAUAUCUAUGCUUUUCUGAAUCCCUAUGGGGUUGAGGUCUGGCUCUACGUAAUGAUUGCCAUGAUGAUAACGGCAUGGGCACUGAUUCUCACGGGUCGAAUGGAUCAAUAUGAGUGGGAGCAUCCGGUGAUGAAUGAGAAUCAGGAAAUGGAGCGGGAAAAUACCUGGCAUUUGCAUAACACCAUGUGGCUUGUGUUGGGCUCGAUUUUAAAUCAAGGAUGUGAUCUGUUGCCUAGGGGCCUUCCCAUGCGUCUACUCACUGCCUUUUGGUGGAUCUUUGCCCUACUCAUCUCCCAGACCUACAUAGCCAAGCUGGCGGCUUUUAUCACCUCUUCAAAAAUCGCCGGCAACAUAGGCUCUCUUCACGACCUUGUUGACCAAAACAAAGUACAGUUUGGCACAAUCCGCGGAGGAGCCACCUCCGUGUACUUCUCAGAGUCCAAUGACACAGAGAAUCGAAUGGCCUGGAACAAAAUGUUGUCCUUUAAGCCGGACGCCUUUACCAAAAACAAUGAGGAGGGUGUGGAUCGUGUGAAGCUAAGCCGAGGCACCUACGCCUUCCUGAUGGAAACCACCAAUUUGCAGUACUAUGUGCAGCGAAAUUGUGAGCUCACCCAGAUUGGAGAGAGUUUUGGAGAAAAGCAUUACGGCAUAGCGGUGCCGCUGAAUGCCAACUUUCGUUCCAAUCUCAGUGUGGGCAUCCUGAAGCUCAGUGAGACGGGCGUUUUGUACAAUCUGCGCAACAAAUGGUUCAACAGCAACGAGAGCACCUGUGACUUGGAUGCCUCCACUGUCGAUGAUGGCCAGUUCGAUAUGGAUUCGGUGGGCGGGCUGUUCGUAGUGCUCAUUGUGGGCGUGAUUAUUGCAUUUGUGAUUGGCGUGGCCGAGUUCCUCUGGCAUGUCCAUCGCAUAGCAGUGAAGGAGAAGAUACCAACUAUGCUGGCCCUAAAGGCAGAGUUUCACUUUCUCAUUCGCUUUUGGCUGACCAAGAAGCCUCUGCACACCUAUCGCCAGAGCAGGGAUUCCACCUCGACGGGUUACUCCUCCCUGGAGCAGGUAUCGAGUGCAUCCAGUGCCAAAAAGAGGAAAAAGACACAUAAGAGAACGGACUAGGGGAGCGGAAAGGCUUGCAAACAUUCAAUAAAAUAUGUUUAGUAUAGAAUAAGGAUAUUUUUAUAGCAACU